UUGUUGAAGAGAAGGUCACCCGUUCUUUCAAAUACAUGGGAUACACACUGUUGGAUGAUAGUUCUUUGAGUUAAAGACGUGUUUUGGCCCCGUUGAAAAUAGCAUAAUGAGUGGAUUAUUAAGAAAAAAGGUGAAACCGGAUGAAGGACCAAAUCUUUUAUUUCAAAGUUGGAUAAAAGAAGCAAUGGAGAAGGCAUUUAUCAAAGAUGCUAAAUCUUAUUAUGCUUAUAGAAAAGCAUUUUCAUCAUUGAAAAAGUACCCAUUAUUAUUGUUAAGUGGAAAAGACUGUAAAAUUCUUGAAGGAUUUGGAUCAAAACUGUGCGAUCUGUUAGAUGAAAAACUAGCGAAAUAUGCCAAUGAAUUACAGAUGUCAGUUAUUGAGGCAAUACAUUAUGGGAAUAAAAGUUUGAAGACGUCGACAGCGACAACACCAACAUCAACAGUGGUACAGUCAACUUGUAGCAUAAAUCCACUUGGUGAAGUAAGUGAAAGUUUGGUUUUAUUGUAA